GAUGUUUUCACAUCUUACGCAUUCCAUGGCACAAACAUCUGCUGCUACCAUAUAUGGUGGUUCAGGAAGAGACCUGUUUUGUAGUCUCUGAAUCAAAGGGAUCUCUGUAGCUCAAAUAUCAAAGUGUUAGAUGAAUGAAUCAUUGUCGUUUUUAUGAAAUCUGAACUCGCUCUUUGCAGGACAUUUUAAAUCUAUUUUUCUUGAUGAGUCAGCUCCUGCUUCUGUGUGCAUUUGCUGGUAAGCUGGAGCAAACUGGAGCUCCUACUCCUUCCUGGUUUGACAUGCAAGGCGAUCUCCCUUGUCUUCAAUCUCACGUUGCGACGACGACUCCUCGCGUAUCCUCUGCCUUUUCAAUCGACGCGAUAAGUACGUUUGGUGUUCUUCAGCUUGUGCCACAGAAAACAGGUGAUCUCUGAGUGCAGUCCAAUAUGUGUCACAUGCUCGCCCAUGACAUCUUACGGAUGCUUUUCAUAUUCCAGUAGGAGAUCACCGAUUCGGAGGGAUGGAAGAUUGAUGUGUUCGCUCUGUUGAUUCCAUUAAUCGAACAGGCUCCAUCAAAUCAAGGGCCAGAAUCCAGAUCGACGGUGAUAAGUCGUUCGUUCCAACCCACUAAGGAAUUCUCAGCCGUCGGCUCCCUAAGCCGCCUCAUGCAUCUCCGCUCCCCCAGUCUCCGACACCUCGAGCGAGCCCACGCUCGCCUCCUCAAGCUCGACCCGUCUCUCUCCUCCUCCACCGCCGGCACGCUCCUCUCCCUUUAUCCCCUCGCCGCUCAUGGCGGCGCCUCCUACGCCAAAUCCCUCUUCUCUCAAUUCCUUCGAGCCUCGGUUCUCCACUGGAACACCUUUAUUCGAGGCCUCUCCUCUGGCGAGAACCCUCACGAAGCCAUCCGUGUCUUCCGUUCCAUGCUCCGCGGAGGCUUUCUACCCAACAACUUCACGUACCCGUUCCUUCUCAAGGCAUGCGCAGCGUGCGCGUCGGAAUCGUACGGUUGCGCCGCGCAUGCGCGAAUCGUGAAGACCGGGCUGGAGCUCGAUCCUUACAUACAGAGUGCCUUGAUUCAUGCGUACUCCGAGUGUAAGGAUCUUGGCGCCGCUCGCCGGGUGUUCGACCAGUGCGACGACCGGGAGACCGUCUGCCGGAAUGCGAUGAUCGACGGGUACGUCAAAGCCGGAGAGUUGGCCCUCGCGCGGGGCGUCUUCGAUAGGAUGGAGCGCAAGGAUGUUGUCUCGUGGAACACGAUGAUUAAUGGUUGUGCGAUUCUGGGGGACUUGAGCGAGGCGCGAAAGCUGUUCGCCGGAAUGCCCCAGAGGAAUGUGGUUUCCUGGAACUCCAUGCUCGCCGCUCACGCGAAAUGCGGGGAUGUCGAGGGGGCUCGCACGGUGUUCGCCGAGAUGCCGAAGCGCGACAUCAUCUCGUGGAACACGAUGUUGGCGUGUCUAGCGCAAAGCGGGUGCUCCGAAGAAGCUCUUGCGCUAUUCGAUGAGAUGAGGCGCACCGACGAGAAGCCGACCGACGCGACGAUGGUGAGCUUGUUAUCAGCCUGCGCGCACUCGGGAGCUUUGGAUCAAGGGGAGCAACUCCACGCAUCCAUGGCAGAGCACAAGAUAAAGCUCAAUACCAUCCUGAGCACCGCUUUGGUAGACAUGUACGCGAAGUGCGGAAGCAUAUCACGCGCAGCGGAGAUCUUCUACGCCAUCGAGCAAAAGGAUCUGCUUGCAUGGAACGCAAUCAUCGGCGGAAUGGCCAUCCACGGACGUGCUGAUGAAGCGCUUCAGCUGUUUGAUGAAAUGACCAAGAGCGGCGUGAGGCCGGACGACAUCACGUUCGUGAUGGUUCUCACCGCCUGUAGUCACGCGGGAAUGGUGAAAGAAGGCAGGCGGAUGCUGAGCUGCAUGAAGGAUAGCCAUGGAAUCGAUCCGAAGCUGGAGCACUAUGGAUGCGUCAUCGAUCUCUUGGCACGCGCGGGCUUGUUCGAGGAGGCAGCGGAGCUUACAAGAGCGAUGCCGAUGGAGCCCAGCGCGCCUGCCUUGGGGGCUCUGCUUGGUGGGUGCAGGAUUCACAGGAACUGCGAGGUUGCAGAUGGUGUUGGCAGACACCUUCUUCACCUUCAACCGGGGCACAGCGGCCGGUACGUCCUGCUAUCCAACAUCUACGCGACAGCCGGUCGCUGGGAUGAUGCCAAGGAAGUCAGAGGCAGGAUGCUGAUAAAUGGAGUAGCCAAGACGCCUGGUAUGAGCAUGAUAGAACCCAAUGGCACACCAAGUUCUGCCUCAAGCUGAUGGAGAUAAAACAAAGGAAGAGGAGCA